AUGGAUGGAUACACCCCAGAAGCGCUGGUGAACCGUGAGGACCUCGCGCCGCUCCUCUCGAUCUCGAAGCCGAGGCGUCAGAGAAACGGCUCCCCAGAUAGUGCACACUCACGCUCAUCGUCGCAAUCUAAGAACUCCAUCCAGGAUAGACUAUUUGCCAAGCUGCUUCAACAAGUCAUCCCCACCGACGAUGACAACCCGAAUGAUUCCCCCUCGGGAGACAAGACCGCGAUGGCCUCCCCGAAGAAACCGGCUUUCAGUCUUCCCUUGAUGACAAACAACUUUCGCCGGUUCAAUGCAAGAAUUGGUGUGGUAUUUCUGUUUCAGACUCGUGUCGAGCGCUUGCUAAGCUGGAAAACACCAACCCACACUCUGUCGUUCCUUUUUGUCUACUCCUUCAUCUGCCUGGAUCCCCAUCUGAUCUUGGUGUUGCCGCUGGUUGUCCUUUUACUCUUCAUUAUGGUCCCGGCUUUCAUCACUCGCCACCCUCCACCACCUUCCACCUCUACAUCAAGUAUCACCCCUUAUUACUCCUAUGAGGGCCCAGCACUGGCACCUGCACGCACGAUCAAGCCAGCUUCGGAAACCUCCAAGGAUUUCUUCCGCAACAUGCGAGACCUCCAAAAUUGCAUGGCAGACUUCUCUGAUGUCCACGAUGCGACCAUUUCUGUGUUCGCCCCAUUAACAAACUUCUCCAACGAGAAGCUCUCUUCCACUAUAUUCCUGGGCUGUACGGUAGCUACUGCAGCACUGUUCCUGAUGGCACACCUUCUACCGCUGCGGCUGAUCAUGCUUGCUGGUGGCAAUGCAGCCAUUUUGUCAAGCAACCCCAAAGUUCAGCUAUUUUGCAAAGGUCUCAUGCAGGACGUUGGUGGCUUGUCAGACCUGGAGUCUUCAGAUAUCCAAGAUGAUGAAAAUAAGGAGCUGUUUGGUGCCUCGGUUCCCAAGGAUCCGUCGGCGGCGAUGUCUGCAAUGGAACAGCUCGCAGAUAUUUCCCUGGACACUGAUCCAGAGGAACGCGAAGUUGAGAUAUUUGAACUCCAGCAUCGUGCGUCAGGGACAUCUGAGUCCGGAUGGGAGAAUUUCCUCUUCAGCCCUCAACCCUACGAUCCCUUAUCACCGGCUCGGAUUGCCGGGGACCGUCCUAGGGGCUGCCGCUUCUUCGACGACGUCCGAGCCCCGUCUGGGUGGAAAUGGAAGAGCAAGAAAUGGGAGCUUGAUUUGGACUGCCGCGAAUGGGUGGUUGAACGAAUGAUUACUGGGGUUGGCUUUGAAGUUCCAGGCGUGACUCCCGAGGGGAGUGCUAUCAUUGAUGAAGUGGGCGGCUGGGUUUGGGACCUUCCAAAUGAGACCUCCACCUCUCGAGAGGAAGACGAUGAGAUGACUACUAUGGCAUAUGGUGACUUGCCGCUCGACUCGCCAUCUAAGCAUAAGAGCAAGACAAAGUCUGCUGGUGAUUGGGAAGAGGCCUCUUCGACACCUUAUGGGGUGGGUGAAUGGCGACGGCGUCGGUGGGUGCGGAUCGUGCAGCGCAUGAACCUGCCCCCAGCGAGCAUUGUCACAUACUCGACUCUGGGACAAAAUUAA